AUGUAUGAAAUGGUUAAAGACUUUACUUACUUUGUAAUAACAUGUGAAUUAAGAUCACAAACACACAACGGUAAUUUUCAUAAUUAUAUGACUGUUGACGAAUUGGAAUAUUAUUUUGGAACGCCAACAAUAUCAUUAAUACCAGAAUAUGAUGUGAUAUUUUUACCAACAAUUUAUAAACAAAUAUCACAAAUGAAGAAACGUUCAUCAAAUAAAAUGCAGUAUAAGAACAGGAUACCAAAUUAUAAAUACAGUUUUCAAGCAUUUGGAAGGAUGUACGAUCGCCAGGAAAUUAAACCACUUACACGACGAUUAGAAUCAUUCUUCAAGUUAACUGAACCAUUAUCAGAAUAUAAUACAAAUGACGAUAAUAAUUUAAAGGAAAUUCCACAUAUUAUUAAACGUAGCGAUGAUAAUUUUCCAUCAGUUGAAAAUUUACCAUGGUUCGAAUUAGAAGAUUUUGAUAUUGAUUCACAACGUGUUGAAAUUACACCAAUUGAUAAUUGGCAACAACAAAAUCCUAUGAUAUUAAAUAAAAGAAAAGCAGAUAAGUUAACGAUUGAAUUGGCGCUAUUUUUCGAUGCUGCAGCAUAUAAAAUUUUUGCUCCAUACAUGGAUAAUAAUGAUAAACAUAUCAGAGAUAUGCUAUUGGCUUAUAUGAACGGGGUGCAAGCAUUAUAUCAUCAUCCAAGUUUGGGUGCAUCAAUUGAUUUAGUUAUUGUUCGAAUGGAUAUAAUGAAAACACAACCAAAUGAUCUACCACAUUAUGAUGGAGAAAGAAGUAAAUUGUUAAAUUCAUUUUGUGAUUAUCAGAAAUCAAUAAAUCCAUCAGGAGAUGCAGAUCCACAUCAUUGGGAUAUGGCACUUUAUGUAUCUGGCUUGGAUUUUUAUGCAAUGGAAAAUGGGCGAAAAAGUGGUAUCACAAUGGGCUUAGCAACUGUUGGCGGUGUAUGUUUAGAUAAAUAUGCUUGUAUUAUUGCAGAACUGGGUACAACAAAUGUUUUUGGCAAACCAUAUCCUAGUGCAGGUUUCACAAGUGUUUACAUAAUGGCUCAUGAAAUGGGACAUAAUUUAGGUAUGCAUCACGAUAGUUAUGGAAACAAUUGUCCAAAAGAUGGUUAUAUAAUGUCACCUUCGCGUGGUACAAAUGGCGAAACCUUGUGGUCAUCAUGUAGCGCUGAAGUUGUACAAAAAUUAGGUUGGGCAAAAUGUUUAUAUGAUACACCAAAAAAACCAAAUAAAGAAUUAGAUCACACAAAAUUCUUGGACUUACCCGGGCAAAAGUACACAGCAAAAAAACAAUGUGAAUUUCUUUUGAGAGAUCGAGAUGCAAACAUCCUACCAAGUCAAGAUUUAUCUUCCAUAUGCUAUAAUUUACAAUGUAAAACACCCCAUCGUAGUGGUUUUUAUUUUGCUGGACCAGCAUUGGAAGGAACAUCGUGUGGAGAUAGAAAAUGGUGCAUUGGAGGGGAUUGUGUAAAAACAUUCAAACCAAAACCGGUGAAUAUAAUACCCGGUGGAUGGAGUGAAUGGAAUAUAACAAAAUGUAAAUCGGGGUGUAUUGAAAAAUCCCUUGGUUAUCAAGAACGACGUCGAAGUUGUACAAAUCCGGUACCAGUAAAUACAGAAGAAGGGUGUGAUGGCUUUGGUUACGAUGUGAUUCUUUGUAAAGAUGAUAAGAUUUGUAAAACUUCAAAGAGAAAAUCUGUAACCAAAUAUGCAACUGAACAAUGUCGUCAAUUUGCCAAAAGAUUGCCUGAGUUAGAUCCAAAUAGUUCUGGAUUACAGGCACCUCAUGAAGAAGCUCGGCCUUGGAUGGGAUGUGCUAUAUUUUGUCGGCGUAAAACAUCAGGUACCUUCUAUACUCCGCGGUUAGAACUAAAUGAUAUUGGAAUUUCUCCCUAUUUUCCUGACGGAACAUGGUGUCAUAAGGAUGGUGGAGGUGAUUAUUAUUGUGUUCAGCAUCACUGCUUACCAGAGAAUUUCCAAUUUACGAAGACGAAUCUAUGGAAUGGUUUUGGCGAAGAUAUUCCUAUACCACAAAAUGCACAUCCAUUAGAUCAUCCACUUCCACCGUCAUUGCUCUCAUACUUAUCAUUGGGUCCAGAUGGCAAACCUCUACAAACAACAUUAAAGCCAGGCGAUACGCAACCACCAAAAGAACAAGAUUGGGAGAUCACUGAUUACUUUGAAUUACCUAAUCAUUCGAUUAAUGAAAUUUUACCAGAU